GAUUUGAUUUUCUUCCCGCCCAAAAGUCACGUCUUGUUUACCUUUUCUUUUUAUCAGUUUAUUUUAUAAAUAAAGUUAAUUAAUUAUAAGUUUUUCUAAUUCUAUUUUAUCCUUAAGAUAAUUUAUUAGUUUUAUUUUGAAAAAAUGAAUAAAAAUAUCGUUGAUUUCUGUGGGAAACAUCUCCCAAAUUGGCUCCAAAGUGGAGGAAGAAAAAUCUUCUCGAAGAAAGUGAAAAUUCGCCCCAAUAUUGUAUUUAUUGCUGUAAUUACAUCCUGUGGGCAGUUUUAUGAGUUCUGGGAUAAGGAAAUUCACCGGGAGUGCUCCCUGUGGGGAGAUACAGAUGAGCUACCAGCAUCUCAGAAGACUUCAAGGAUUUCUCUGGAGGUUCUCUUUACAUACAGCGUGGCAGGAAAUAGGAGGAUUUUCUAUCUUAUACGAAUUUCCCGGAAGUUGUUUGUUGUUGAGAGAAUGGAGAAGAAUUUAAUCUUCUGCGUUGGAGAGGACAAUGUUCUGGCUGUGGAGAUUGAGGAUAAAUCCGGAGAUGGGAGCGUCACGGUGUUGAUCACAAAAUCCGAUGGAUCCUUCAGUGAAAGGACUUUCUCUGGGGAUGGGAUGGGGGAGAGUAUGGAUGUGUUGGAAGGAGAGUCAGAGAAGCCAUCAGAUUUCCUCCUAACCUACCUUGAGGGUCACAAUAGGAAGCUCUCAGCUGGUUUGCAAAUGCGUCGAAGGGUCCUUCUCAAGGAGCUCCACAGAAUUCGGAAUAAGAGCAAAUACGGACCAAUUCAGACCUCUUCCGUGCCACCAGGAGAGGAAGCAGCUCCUCUUGUAAAGUACGGCCAGGUGUGGGUGAAGUUCCACAACGACAGGAUCGUCUUUGGCAUUCCCAUCUUCAACACAACGUCCACGCGACGACGUGUAGCACUCAAUGUGCGACCAUGGUUGGCAAAUGCCCAAUUAGAUCGUCUCAACUAUGAAUUCAAAUUGUACAAAAUUAGAAAUGAUUCCUGCACAUUUGAGAAUGUUGAUGAACUAUUCGACUGUGAGGAGCCAUCCUAUGCAAAUGCCUGUGAUUUCCAGCACGAUUGGAUGCCAUUUGAGGAAAAUAAUCUCCAACCGGGUUUGUCGGCACUUCUUGUGGCAAACAUCCACGUAAUGGACUUCUCCAGGAUUUCAAUGUACAAAUUCACUGUGUAUGUGCGGUAUGAGAUUAGCCAAGCGGAUGGGAGGGUGUGGGAGCUUCAGCUGAUGGCGGGUGAGGUGGAAAUUACACCCCAAAUUUUCUUCAGGCCUCUCUUCCAGACGGAACUCCGGGAGAGGAAGUUUCUUUAUCGCGAUUUUCUAGCAAUCGCCUCGACUUCAUCGUACCAAGUUAUCCACAUUGAGGGUACGAGUGAGAUAAGUCGUCGAUUCAAUUGCUUUUUGAUGGAGAACCUGAAAUUCCAGAGAGUUUCCCUGCCGGAGACUUUUGUGGCGGAUGCGUCAUCGGCACCCAUCAUGGAUGAAGCCAUGGAGGUGUCGGUACGCGAGGAUGUGGAAAUGAGGGAUGAUUCACGUUUUAUGGGCACCGGUAUGUUUGGCAAUCAAACAAGACCAACAGCGACUUUUUAUCAGCAAGAUGAUUUCUGGAGAGGAGCGCUGAUUAGGGUCAAAGAGAUCAAUAAAUUCAAGCUCAUGCUGAAGGUUUAUAUGAGGACACAUAAUCACUUGGCUGUCUUCGUGCAGGCCAUAAAAAUGGAUUUUGGCAUUAAGGUGGAAUUUUCUCAAGAGGAAAACCCACAGAAUAUUUGUACGGUACUCCGUAGUCUUGUGGAUGAGAUAAAUUGCAAGAGGCAAGUGCUGCAAAUGCUUCCGGAAUGUCCGGGUAAUAAAUUACGGUGCAGGAAAUCCUUCGAGGAGGUCCUGUGUUGCGAAUUGAAGACAAACUACGCUUUCCACCAACUCUCAGGCAAGUAAUGACGCAGAUUUUUCCAAAGAUUUGUAUUUAAAUAGAAAAUAGAAAAAAAGUAUUUAAUAAAGAUAAAAAAAAUAUUUUCGCGCGGAAAAGAG